UGUCGCAUAUUAAUUUCAUUCUUCAAUAUGAGAAACAAGUACAUUUUCUGGUCCGUCCUAGUUCAGUAAUGAUCUGAUGCAACAUAAAGGCUUAAACAGAUGACACAGAAGUUUUAUCGCCAACGGUAAGCUCGCCAAAAGGGCACAGUCUCUUAUCUUCAACACCCUGGACGAGAUAAAAUCUAUAUUUAAUUUACGGCUAUAAUUUUGUUCAAUAACAUUUUAUUGGGUUUUUCGAAAAAUUCAAAUUUUGAAGUUUGUCAGAAAUAGAUAUCUGAAGCGAAUUUUUUAUUUAUUUUUUGUAGUUUAAAGCAUCUAGGAUUAAAUCAAUAUGUAAUGCUGUGAAUAGAAAGAUUGGUCAUAGUUUAUGUACUUUUUAAGUUCGUCUGAUUAUUGAUAUAUGAACUCAUGAUUUUUAAUUGUUCUUUUUCUAUCGGUGGAAGUGCGCUUUUCUUGCUGUUUUUAGAUUAUUAUGAUUUUUUUUAAUAUACAUAUAUUUUUUGUUGUAUAAGUCUUUUCUCUUCUGCGAGUGUUGUUUUUUUUAACAUUUUAACGGAAAUCGCGACCGGAAACAAAGCUUAAAUUCGGUCCCCAGUGAUGAUUGUCUAUAACGCGAUCAACGUGAUGAAGAUUCGUGACUAAAAAUAACGAAAGUUCGGGCUUGCCGUUUGUAGCUAAAUUUAAAUAUAGAACCUGGCUCUUCGCAGGGAUUGUUGAUCGGAAACACAGUAUCAUAGAAAAUCCAGGCUCCCUAAUCUCUUAUGUUCCGGCAUGAGGGGUGGUGACUUCCCAAUCGUCACUGUCAUCUGUGCUUUAUUAUGUUUCAGUGCUUUCGCCAGUGACAGGAUCAAAGAUGAAACGGUUGAGUCAUGGGCUCAAAAGCUUGGAGACGAAUUAUGGGACUUGGGGCUUAGCGUGACCAAAACUCCAGAAAUAAAAGCCAGCUACAAAAAGCUGAAUGCAAGAGUGUUGCCGACCGACGGCGAGGGUAUCCUCAACACGAUAGUCACAAAUGUCAACAAUUUGCUCAGAAGAAAAAUGGACUCCGUCAUGUGUAUUAUAGAAGCUGCUGAACACCUGGCUGAAGAGUACGUCGACGACAACUCGACCUAUCUGUACUAUAAUUCCAAAUUCUCGCCCAUUUUCGGCGAAAACUCGACUGACGAUGAGCCAGAUGGUGUUAAUGUAAGUUUUUACAAGGAGAUGUUGCUAGAGACGGACAGGCAUUUUUACGAUUUUAAAGUCAACGUCGGACACAGCGCUGUUCACGUACCAACUGACGUUUAUGACCAAGGUGAGUUCAAUGCCUGCAUGUACUGGUGGCCUGUUUCUAUGGGUUAAGAUGAACGACAUCUGCGAUAUUUAUAGAAACUUAAUGAUUUUAAUUUUACAUGGAAACUACUAAUGAUGACCAAUAAGACCUAUGAGUCCUCAUCUUAAAAUAUUUUGC